AUGCAGGGUUGGCUUCUGCUUGAGCUGUCAGCAGAUCUACCAUCAGUGUUCUCACUGACUAUCCAUGUGACGCCACAGGACCUGAGGAGUAGCGUGCUGGGCGAACUGCACUUCACUGCAGGCAGCAGCAACGGAUGUCAGCUACCCCACGUGAAUGACCCAAUGCUGCUACAGAACAGCCAGGCAGCCGGAGACACCUGCCUGGUGCUGUACAGGGUGUGCUUGGAUCAGGGCGUCGUGGUCUCCUUUGAUCCCCUGUACAAUCCUGAGAACCCCGGCCACCUGAAUCUGCCAGAAUUCCCUUUCCCCGAGCUAACGUACAAUUGGCCGAGCGCGAUGACUAAUGGUGACGCGCUGGGCCCGGGGGGCUCGCGACUGGCGUUCCCUCCGCUGACCAUCCGAGCUGGCAGCCACCUGGACCGCCACCUGGCGACCCAGGACUUCUCCUACUGCACGGUGCCCCUGGUGAUGUUAUCCAACUGGCCGACCACGUAUGGCGAGGUGGUGGUUCGCGCGCCGCAGCGAGCGUACCAGUGGCACAGCAGCGGCAUUGUCAGUGAUGCAGUCUCCUAUGUGGUUGCCACGCCGGGGGGUAUUGGCCUGCCAAGAUUUUGGCCGCCAAUGUUGGCUCCCUUCACGCGGCUGGCAGUGUCCAGCCUGGCGGACUUCUCUGCGCGGCUGCCGCAGGGAACGCCGUCGGACGCCACCAAUGAGGGCGUCGCUGUGCAGUGCUUCCAGAAGGUCAUCUUGUGUAAGAUACCAUCGGGGGACUUCAGGCUAAUGUACGACGUCGGGCAGGCGACGCGCGCGCACUACGCGGCCGCCAGCCUGAUCAGGAACCCUGCCAGCUUCCCGGAAGCUGCCGCGGCAGCUUCCGACAGCCUCAACGUGCUGGUAGAGCAGCGGCAUGGCGUCGUGCGCAACUUUCUCAACAUGGAUCAGUUAUUAAAGGACUGCGGUGAAAGCGGGAAGCUGCAAGGGACGAGCGUGGCCUGCAGAUCUGCCACGUUUGCCGGCGACUUGGCAUGGAACAUAGCGGCGGUCAGCAGUGCGGAUGUCCUAGUGACGAUACACGGAUCGGGCAGCAACAAUGUCCUGUUCAUGCACGAGGGGUCCACGCUGAUUGAAGUGCGGCCUUACAAAUUUGGCACCGAAACUCCAGAGUGGGCAAAUUUUUUCAUUCCGAAGGUGGCCGAGGCGAAUGGCUACAGGGUGCAAUACAUUGGGCUGAAUAUUCUGGAUGAGGAGCUAUCUAGGCCCGGGGGAUUUGAAGCGAACGGCACCGGCAGCGUUGACGCAGCAACGCUUGCGCGCGACCGCCACGUCAUCCUCCCGUGGGAGGUGCUUCGGCAGGUGUUAAACAUGUUAUUAAGCGUGCGCGGCAACCGCAGCGCUUACUUGGACUUGGUGGCGGAAGGCAGGCACAUCUUGAACGUGCUGCCGGGCAGUGUGCUGGAGCCAUGGGCCCCCCAGUUGCUGGAGGGGCCCCCUGCAGAAGUGAUGUCAGCGUCAGGCACCUUCGAGGUUAUUGCGCAGACGCAGCCCUGA